AUGGCAGCAAUGUCCGAUUCGGUCGGUCCCCUCGCUCUUCUCACCCUGGCGUUGACCUUUAGCCUGUCCAAUUCGAUGCAGUUCGAGAUUCAUUCGGGUCACACCAAGUGCAUUUCAGAAGACAUUAAGACCAAUGCGAUGAGUGUGGGAAAGUACAGUGUCGUUAACCCCCACGAAGGGAACCCAAAGCCCGAUUCGCACAAGGUCAUUGUCAAGGUAUCAUCGCCUCAUGGGAACGUUUAUCACUUUGGGGAUCAUGUGGAUUCUGGUAGUUAUGCAUUUACGGCAUCUGAGGCUGGUGACUACACGGCUUGCUUUUGGAUUCCGGAUGGCAAGAAUGCACCGCCAGUGGUGACUGUUGAACUUGAGUGGAGAACUGGGGUUGCUGCCAAAGACUGGUCGAAGAUUGCCAAGAAAGGGCAGAUUGAAGUAAUGGAAUUUGAGUUGAAAAGGCUAUAUGAUACUGUCCUAUCCAUCCAUGACGAGAUGUUUUAUCUUCGAGAAAGGGAGGAAGAGAUGCAAGAUCUUAACAAAGCAACUAAUACCAAGAUGUUUACCUUCAGUUUCCUUUCGAUUGCGGUUUGCUUGUCUGUGGCUGGUCUGCAAAUAUGGCAUUUGAAGACAUUCUUUGAGAGGAAGAAGCUCCUCUAA